AUGAGAGCGCACUUAAUUUCCAAAUUUGAUCAGGUUCUCUGCUUAGGCUAGCUUCUAAGUUAGCUCCUCAUAAAUGUUAAGAAGCUAUUCAUCCUUGCAUUAUAAAUUUUAUUUCGAUUGUUAGAGAAAGAUGAUAUUUUUAUUAUUUUGCAUUAUGCUUUUUUCUAAAUAUUCAACAAAAUAACGAAAGUCUUCUGCAAUGCUGUACUGUUUAGAUAUUCUAUUUUACUGCUAGAACAUUUUAUAGCUAGCGUACUAUCCUUCAUUGAUUUCUUUGAUUAUUCUUUUACCAGAAUCAAUAAUCUAGUAUGA